GUUGCAGCCUGUUGGUUGCAAUCCGGUCUCCACUGAAGGCCCCGGCCCCGGCUUCGGCUUCGGACUUGACCUGAACGACGUGUAGGCAACAAAACUCUACAGUGUGACGGCUUGGGCGAUAUGUACUUCCGGCACUCAUAAUCCGGCUGUGGAUGAUUCAUUCUGGGUCACGAGACGUCCACGGGGUGCCUUCGUGAGUGAAUUUGCGGACACCUUUGCAACCCCCGGACUUUGACUCGUAAGCCGAAAUACCCCGCUUGCAUAUUCCGCGCAAUAACGAACUCACCUUGUAGCACAACCAAAGAGCAACGACAAGCUUAUGGGUGUUGUUGUAUUACGAGGUUGGAUAGAGCGUCCUUGAGCACGACGACGCGGCCCCCAGCAAAUUACAGAAAACAUGGCGUCUCUGGUUGGGCAGCCAGCGUCGGCGCCGGCGCAGCAGCCUCAACAAGGACAGCCACUGCGUCUGCUGCCGGCGACCCUUGCGGAUUUGGAGACGUGCACACGCCUCGAGCUCGAGGCGAUGCUAGCGACGUCGCAAUUGGCGCGGGUGCUGCACCCGGACGGCAUCACGGACGCGGUGGUGGCCGAGCAGACGGCUGCAAAGGCCAAGAAGUUUGGGAUUCCCGAGGUGGAGUACAUCAAGGGCGUCCUGCCUCCGCAGGCCGGGGAUAACGAUGGCGACAACGGCGGCGACAAUGGGGCGGUCAUGGUCGGGUACCUGAGAAUGUAUACCUGGGCCACUGACGAAGCCGCGCGGAUACAGCCGCCUUAUGGCAGUGCUGUGGACGACGACAAGACGAUUUCUCAUGGGGCUGAGAAGGAGAGUGCCUCUGCGCCUCGACCAGACAGCGAUGCCACGAACGCUGCUCCUGCUUCUUCCGAUGAUGCAACGGGGUUGCAGAAGAUAAAGAUCCAGGAACGGGCCGUGCAUGACGGACUGCGAGAGAGGCACGUUUCUGGCAAAAAGGCCGUGUACGUGUCCGCGCUCAUGGUCCGGCCCGAGUACCACGGCAAGGGCGGUUAUGGCCGACAGCUGCUAACCCACGCGCUCGACAGGGCGCGAGAUCUGGGACUGCUGGUGUUCCUGAUCGCGCAGCCGACGGCGCUGGGGUUCUACCAGCGCAUGGGGCUCCGUGUCUUGGAGACUGCUGUGGUAGAUUUUGGGGAGUCGAGUGGGCUGGGUGAGCAUCGGCCCUCGCUGAUGUGCUUUGAUGCUGGAUCUGGAUCAAGGUGAAGAGUUGACGAACCACUGAGAAGAAAAAGAAGCACGGCCCAUUGGGCAGAGACUCAGGUGUGUGUUGAGGCCGCGUGGGUCCUUGUCGAUGCCAAUUCUAUCAUUGUUGUCCCAGCUUGCCGCAUUGGCUUGUGCAUGAAUUCAAAGAUUUGCUGCAUGUCGCUGGAUUCAAAG